AUGAAUGUGCUGAAGAUAAACAUUGAUGCGGCGGUUUGCAGGAGCUCAAAUUCUAUUGGCACAGGGGCAGUGGCUCGAAGGGAUAAUGGUCAGGUUAUUGGUAUUUUUCUAGCUAUUCAUGAGGGGAUCAACUCUUCCAGAAUUGCUGAAGCUUUUGCCAUUCGCAAUGGGUUAAAACUGGGGACUGCUCUAAAGUAUCUUAAGGUGCAUAUUGAAUCGGACGCGGAGGCGAUUGUGAGGAGUUGUAGUGAUGAUCAAAAUCCUCCCUCCGAUAUAGCAGUAGUUAUCCAUGAUUGUUUAGUCUUGAAGAAUUCUUUCACUUCCUGUGUUUUUGGCUUUGUUAAGCGUGAAUGUAAUAGGGCUGCGCACUGUUGUGCUCAAAAAGCCCUUUCCAAUGGCAUGUCUGGUCUGUGGACAUCCAUUUUACCCCAUGGAGUUCUCAUCUCUCUGAUGUUUGGGCUUUGCCUAUCAGAUGAAUAA